AUGAAGAGGUCCAGCGCUACAGGCAGGACUAAAGGAAAACACAAGAAGCGGUAUUUCUUAGAGCAAAAAGACGCCUGGGCUCACGAUCCUUAUCAGCGUUUUUUCGCGCAAAGAUUAGGCGAGCCUCUGCCACCUGGCUGGCGAAUUUCUGUGGAUAACAAAAAUACAAGAUUCCGUCAUGAAUACCUGCCGCUCACGACCCAACGGUCCAUGCGCCACACACCGGCUGCUCCACGAGCCAGCAACCAGAACAUCUAUACGACCCCGGAGAAGUCGCCGUUGUCCAGCGGGUCCCAACGGUCGGUACAGAUGUCUGAUAGCACGGCGAGCUCUAAUUGUGCCUGCUAUCCAUCCCCGAACGACACGGCUAUAGACACGGCCGACUUGCCAAAACCCAUCCCUGUAAGCUCUCUUGUCAUGCCCGAACGGCCGCUUGAUCUCGCAGAGAUCAAUCAAGCCCACGUCAAGUACGUCGGCUAUUCAGGCAUCAAUUUCGAAUUACUGAACCACUCGAGAAACAGAAGGAAAGACUCCAAACUCAGGAUAGACACCAGGGCAACAGACGGGUGA